AUGAAGAAGAAUUUAUUGAAUAAGUCAAUGUUUUCUAUUCAUUUAAAUAGAGAUGACGAUCAGUAUGGGGGAGAGCUGUUAUUAGGGGGGAUAGAUAACUCCCUUUACAAAGGUCCAAUUGACUGGAUUCCUGUCACAAAAAAGGGUUAUUGGCAAAUAAGGCUUGCAAACAUCAAAGUUCAUGGAAAAGUACAAUUUUGUUCCAAUGGUUGUGAGGCUAUUGUUGAUUCUGGAACCUCCCUCAUUACUGGGCCUAGUGUUGACAUAAAGACAUUGCAGAAACUAAUCGGAGGUACACCCCUGUCAUUUGGGGAGUAUGCAGUAGGAUGCAAGAAUGUAUCUAGUCUCCCAAGUGUGACCUUCACCAUAGGACUCAGAGACUAUACAAUAACCCCGGAGCAGUAUGAGCUGUCAGGAAAGACUGAAAUGUGCCUGGCUGGGUUUCAACCCAUGGAUUUCUCUACUACAACUGGAAGUCUCUGGAUCCUGGGAGAUAUUUUUAUGUCCAAGUUUUACAGUGUGUUUGACCGUGAGAAUGACAGAGUUGGACUGGCAAAAUCCCGUAAAAAGAGACACACACAUCUGGACACACAAAAAUCGGUAUCAAGCAUCUUUUGA